AUGUCCCACCAGUGGGCUCUUCCCCAGCUUCGCGAGCUUCUGCCUCUGGAUGAUAGCGAGCACGAGCAAAUUCUAGCACAUGCCAGCACACUUGACGAUGCUGAAGCGGCUCAGCACUUGCAAAAUCUUCUCGGGGACUCCACAAAGUCUCUUGACUUUAUCUCCUCUUUCAUCAAGCACCGCGCGAACAUAAAGACCCAGCAGGCUGUUGAAGAGAAGAGGGAAGUCGACCUAAUAGCAGAGAAAAAGUUCAAUAUGAACGGCCAGCUUCCAAUGACAACUGCUGGCCACGAUAACAAUGCCCCGGACUUUGCUCCACCACCGUAUACCACUGCGUCCGACCGGACAGUGGCGAGCAAUUUGCAACGGCCUGUCGCUGCUUAUAAGCAUACAAACAGUCUCACGGAAGUGAAUCAGUGGCGUGCAAGAGAUGAGCAACAAAUGCUGCAACUGCUGCAACAAGUUCAAUACCAGGUUCAUAUUUACAAUAGCGAAAUCGAGCCUGAGCACGACGUGGAUUAUCCCUGUGCUUGUCCCGUUCACCAAUACCAAGCGAAAAAGUGGCGUCGAUUUGGCGUGCAAAAGGCGUGGGCAAAGGCAGUGAUGUAUCCAGGCGAAACAUUUUACAGCGACUGUGCCAAUACUCUCCUGACUCUUACGAAUCCAUAUAGCUUCAAAGUAAUGUCUCCGUAUGGCCCUCGCCAAAGUCUCUUCCAAUCACUAAGGCCUAUACCGAGAUAUCAUGCUCAGUUCAUUCAUCAGACUAUCAGACUUAAUGCAUCCCUUAACGAUGAGGCACAAGCCAAAGUCGACGCACUCGAACCAAAAGAAAGCAUAUGGAAUGAAUUUGAUUUGUCCCUUUCAAUGGAAAAAGUUACUUUUAGGGAUAACAUAUCUAGCGAUGAUGCAGCGAGUACAUCUCAAAUGGAAAACGGAGGGGUCCCCAAUGGAAAACGACAAAGUGUUGUGCUUCCUGCUUCGGGCACAAAGACAAAUCCUACGUCGAAAUUGUUCAGUCUGAGAAAGGCAAUGGGCGUUAAGUCGUCCGAGGAAAAGGCAAUUGACAGGGCAAGGGUUUUACGAGAAGAAAUUCUUCGAGAAGAGCGUGGACGAUGGCCUGAUCAUGAGUGGCGACAAAUUGUCACCAAUUACCAACAGAAAGUAGGCAUGAUCAACAAGAUUGCUGAUCUUCGAGCUCGCUGCCCCAUUCAAUAUUUGCAUCUGCUUAAAGCCGGAUAUUUCGAGCCUAUUCCCGUGGAUUGGGCAAAUCUGGCUUCCAAUCCUUUGAAAUUUAGCAUUGAAGCGGCAUCGGGAUGGCGAGGCAUUACGCCAAGGUGGCGAGGCUUUGAGGACCUGGCAGAAGAGAGACUGUACUGGGUUUUGAAUCAUCGGGAAGGAAGUACUGGCGCAGUGAUGAAGCCCGACUUCAUUUCUACAAUGAAUAUGGCUAUAGCCAGGAUGUCUCUAGCGGUAGAACCACCGCCACUAUAUUUUUCCGCCGACGAUACUUGUCGAGUCCAACAAACUUCUUCAGAGUAUUCCAAACAAGUAAUGCCAGCUCCAUUCAGACCAUACGAUCGGCCCGAAGUCCCGACAGAUGACACAAUGAUUCUCUUAGAUGUUUCUGGAUCCAUGGGCUUUGAUCCAGUUCGCCCAAUUUACGACCAAUAUCUUAUCACCCAAUUCGUGAGAUCUUAUCAACCAAAGAACAAAGAUGUCGCAAAAGCUAUUAUUCGCCGCUUCAUAGAUGCCUUGGCGAAUCAUGACCGUUACCAACAGGAUGGUUACGACUUGGUAACAUUUGCCAAUCAUGCCGAACAUAUUGGCAGCAUAAAUCAGAAGAAUUAUGAUGCUAUGUGGCGCAAUGUGUCCUUCGGAGGUGGUACACGUGUCAUGACAGGGUGGCAGAAAGUGAAAGAACUCCAUUUUCGAAAACAUUCCAACUCAGCCAUUCACCACCCUAUAUACGGAUGGCAAGCCGGCCCAGAAACUCCUAUGCUUAGGCUGCUGCUACUCCUAGAUGGCGAAGCUAUCGACAUGGACGAAUUUGAAUUGGACUUGUUAGGACUAAGCUGGGCACAUGUGACUAUCUUUCUGAUUGGGGUUGAUGGAUGUCCUCAUCAUCAUCGGCAUGCCAACGAAUUGCAGCGUAUAAGCGACGUUAAUCAUCAUGUCUCAUUUGUAGAUGCGCAGGGGAACUGUCCGGAGCGAUUUGUUACUCACGAGUUACUUAAGCGGCACCUCGGGCGAGAGUCCUUCAGAGAUUCCGAAGUACGCGAUAGACAAGACAGGCAGCUUCCAGAAGUUGAGGACAGUGAUGAGUCUCCGAAAUCUCAGGCAACUAGGGCCACCGAAGACACGUGA